AUGCCGCUCGAUACCUCCACGACAUAUCCUUUGACCAAGCUGCGCCUCGACGGUCGCCGAUGGAAUGAGCUGCGUCUAAUCCAAGCGCAGAUCUCGACCAACCCUGCCAGCUCUGGCUCUUCAUACUUGUCCAUGGGCAAUACUGCGAUUAUGUGUUCCGUCCAUGGUCCGGCUGAAGGUCGCCGUGGCGACGCCAGUGGUACUGCAGGUGGCGCAGGUGCCAUCGUCGAGGUGGACGUGAACGUUGCUGGGUUUGCUGGCGUGGAUCGCAAGCGGAGGGCUGGAGGAAGUGACAAACAAUCGUCGCGAAUCGCAACAACCCUACGCUCCGCCUUCCAAUCGCACCUGCACACCUAUCUCUACCCGCACAGCACAAUUAGCAUCCACGUCUCCGUUCUGUCUGCCGAUGGAUCUCUACUCGCUGCUGCGAUCAAUGCCUGUACCUUGGCUCUUGUGGACGCCGGUAUUCCCAUGCCGGGCCUGCUCACCAGCUGUACGGCUGGCAUGAGUGGUAGUGCCUCCACACCAAAAGACCCUCGACACGACGAGCUAGACCCGCUGUUGGAUUUGUCACUUCCUGAAGAGCAGGAAUUGCCUGUAUUGACUGUCGGCACUACGACCUCGGUACCCGUGGGAGAAAACAACAUGGACGAGGAAGAGGGAGAAAUGAAGGUGGCCGUGUUGACAAUGGACUCGAAGCUGCAUUCUACUUAUAUCGAGACAAUGUUGGCCGUGGGAAUUGACGGGUGCAACCAGAUCCGCGAGUUGUUGGAGGGCGUCAUCAAAGGGUCAAGCGGGGCCUGA